GCGCAGACAAAACCCCACCGCUUCCGUCCCCUCCGUCCUCGCAGCCCCCAUCAUGGCUAUGUGGCCUUCUUGGGUGAAGACGCGCGCUUCCAGGUCCAAAUCCUCCCCGUCCACCGCGCUCGUCGCCGCUGCCGCCACCACCCGGCGCUUCUCCAUCGCCUCCCACUCCCCCUCCCUCAAGGACAUCCCGUCGCUGGUCCGCCCGGAGCACCCCCGCCCGCCGCGCGUCUUCCACCGCCUCCGCGUCGCGGCCUCCGCCCUCCGCCUCCUCCGCGCCCUCAAGUCGGCCUCGGCGCACGCCACCGCCCGGGAGCCAGAGGUGCACGUGGUGCUCUACUCCACCUCCCUCCGCGUCGUCCGCCGCACCUACGAGGACUGCUACACCGUGCGCUUCAUCCUGCGGGGGAUCGGCGCCACCGUCGACGAGCGCGACCUGGCCGUGGACAACGCCUUCGUGGCGGAGUUCGCCGCGCUCCUGCCGCCCCGCCUGGGCCUGGCCCUCCCGCAGGUCUUCGUGGACGGCCGCCACCUCGGGGGCAUCGAGGAGGUCCAGCGCCUCCACGAGUGCGGCGAGCUCAACCGCAUCGUCGCGGCCCCGACGAUAUCCUCCGCCCCGGCCCAUCCCCCCUGCGGCUGCUGCGGCGACGAGCGCCACGUGCCCUGCGGCAGCUGCGACGGGAGCCGGAAGAAGCACAGCGACGACGGGAGCCGCAAGAAGCAGAGCGACGACGAGGACGGCGCCCUCACCUGCGCCGCCUGCAACGCGAGCGGCCUAGUCCGGUGCCCGGACUGCCUCUUCCCGGCGGCCGCCUGAUUGAGAUCCAGUCAGUAGUCGGGUAACUGAAACUCUUUACUACUGGCAGCAGUAGGACAGCUACUCCUCAUCGACGCCAGCUGCUCAGGUCAAAGAGACCAGCUCGAUAUACUCUAUUUAGUUACUACUAGUCAAAGUAGUUCAAACUUCAAAGCCGGUUACACAAUUGGUACUAUAAUUAUAAUUUAGCUUCGGCAUCAGUACAACUUUCAGAAGAUUUGCUGCUCAUUUUCCUCUCUUGGCUACUCCAAUCCUGGACGAACCAGACGAGAAUCAUAAUACAAUUAUACUCCUACUUGGUUGGACUCUGUA